GGUCCUGGGGAGAGUCUUGAUGAGCAAUUCUCAUGUGGUAGCCCCAAGCCGUUCAUCUGUAGAUUGGUAACAUAACGAUAAUGAUGCCGUGGGAGGCAUUCAAGAGCACAAAGAUUGCGCAGCCAUAUGUAUCAGGAGAAGAAGCGACUAGACGUGGAGUGGCGAGGGUCGCAUUUGGUAGGGUGCGCACAUCUCCCGCGGUCGUCAAGGCCGAUAUCGCUUCAGGGAGAGAGGGGCGGCGAAGGAGCAAGAUGUUUCCACCUGGGAUGAGAGAGCAUGCUAGGUCUAUCCGCCAUGCUCAACGAUCCUCGUCUAGCGUGUUCCCUCACCGCAGCCUGAGCAUCUUCCCUGACCAAAAAGGGAGAAGGUGGACGCUGCACAGGCGUCUGUCGACCGCUCGACGAUGUUGCCCAUUCCCUCUGCAUCGCGCCGCGGUCAGGCUCAGCUUCGCCUUGACCUGUGUCCAUGUGCAUACCGCCUGCCGAAUCCAUCCAUGCGCUCUCCACCAUCCCAAUGUCCGCCUCGGACUGCGAUGCGGGGCGCGGCGCGUGUGAUGCCGCAGGAUAUGCAGCUCUUGGAGCCCCAAUGGCCCAACCAGUACUCAAAGACCUUCUGGGUGUACUCGCCGGACUCCUCAAUGUUUGAAAAGCAGGCGAUGUGGGUGAUCUGCCCACCUCCGCAUCGUGUAAGCUUC